GAAGCUGAAGAUAAUUCAACAACAUUUGUGGGAAAUCAUAAGAUUAAAAAAUUUGACCAACUUUUCAGUUGAUUUCGCUGAUGUAUUGACCUUCAAUAGCUAUAUCAACAAGGCUGAUGAAUCUGAACUCUUGAAACAUAUUGAUUUUUUUCUAUUUGGAGUAAGUCAUAAAUAUGAUGGACAUAAUGCGGAAAAUGAGAGCAUGGAGAAAGUUAUAUUGCCUGGUAAUGCAAACUAUUUGGGAAUUGAUGGUUGUAAUUUCAUCCAACUGUCAGAUAUUUUUCACUGGGAUGAUUUAAGACAUUUGAAAGUGUGUCGAAUCCAAAGCUGUGAUGAAAUGGAGUGGAUUGGGAAGGAUGGAGAAAUUGUUCUUCCUAGCUUACAAAAGCUUUGUUUAUACGAACUUCACAGUUUUAAGGGUUUGUGUAAAGAAAACGUCCAUGAGGAAACCCUCAAAAACUUGAGAAAGUUGUGCAUUGUUAAAUGUCAAAAGUUAAAAUAUCUGAUACCAAUUGAUUUUCUAGAGAACAACCUUAAAAAUCUCGAAGAAAUAUCAAUAGAGGAUUGCUAUGAGAUGGAGAAUAUAAUUUCAGGGGAUGCUAGUGCAGCUAUCACUAUCCUUCCAAAUUUAAAGAAAUUGAAGUUAUGGAACUUGCCAAAGUUAACAAGCAUUUGCCCAGGAAAAUUGGCUUGUGAUUCACUUCGUGAAAUCCAAAUAAUAGAUUGUCCUAAGGUGACGAAGCUGGCAUUCUCGAUAAACAAUGUAUCGCCUGACGGCUUAAGGAUCAUAGGGAGCGAAGAAUGGUGGGAAACAUCAGAAUGGGAAGAUCCACAGUUGAAAGAACUUCUUCAACCUUGCUUUGAGAGUGAUGAGCUGUACAUAUUUAGUGACAUGUUCAGGGAGCACGUCAGUUGGUCAGAUUUGUUGAAGGAAAAAAUGGUCAACAUUGGAAAGCUUGAGUAUCAAGCUUGAGAAGAGUGAUGUCUUUAGUUUAAUUCAUAUUAUUAAUUGUAUUUGAUUUGAGUGUUGUUGGGCUUGUUCUAUUACGAUGUUAUUUGAUGAAUGUUGGAGUGUUUGUGACUUACUAUUGUAUAUUUAUGUUGAAAUAUUGUGGUCUUGCAGAUUAAUUCUCUUUAAUAGAGUUUCUAAAGUGGAUCUGGGUGAUAGCCCCCAUGAACAUAUCAAGUAUAGUAUUUGUUGAAGGUCUUGUUUCAUUCUAACUCUUGAUAUUAUAUAUUGUUUCAAUUAAUUCGUUGUUGUUA